UCUGAAUGGAAGUUGCAAAAGAGAAUUUUAAAUUUUUGUAGCUUGGCACCUCCCCACACGGGAAUUGCUAUUGCUGAUUGUAUUCUUCAGUGUCUAACUGAAUGGGAGAUUGAAGAUAAGGUUUCCACUAUUACGUUAGACAAUGCAUCUUCGAAUGACACAGCAGUUAAAGUCUUGAGGGAUAAUUUUGCAAUCAAAGGAAAGCUUUACUUCAGUGGAAAAAUAUUUCAUAUUCGCUGUUGUGCACAUGUUUUGAACCUAAUGGUACAAGAUGGUUUAGCAGAAAUACGGGAUGUAAUUGAGAAUAUCCGCGAAAGUGUGAAAUAUCUGAAGAUGUCUCCUUCACGACUUCAUAAGUUUACUGAAAUUGUUAAACAGUUGAAGUUGUCAACCUCUAAAAUUCUUCAACUUGAUGUGCCUACUCGAUGGAACUCAACAUAUGAAAUGCUAGAGUCGGCAUUGGAGUUCAAACCGGUGUUUCCAAUGUACAAGGAAAGAGACUCCAACUAUAAAUGGUUACCAUCCGAGGAGGACUGGAUACGAGCUACAGAGGUUUCAAAAUUUUUGGAAAUUUUUAAUGAAGUCACAGAAGUGUUCUCAGGACGUCAAUAUCCAACUUCAAAUUUGUUCCUUAAUGAAAUUUGGAGAGUGAAGGAGAAAUUAAAUGAUAUGUCCUUUGAUACUAGAGAUUUUGUGGUGCGCAUGACUCGAAGAAUGAAUGAAAAAUUUGAGAAGUAUUGGGGAGACUGUAACUUACUAAUGGCAAUUGGAGCAGUUUUGGAUCCUCGCUAUAAAAUGCAGCUCAUUGUAUUUUGUUUUCCACAAAUUUAUGGUGAGGAUGUUUUUCAACGCCAUAUUGAUGAUGUUCAUGAAGCUUUAGAUAUGCUCUACAAGGAAUAUGUAUCUUCAGAUGGACAAAUAGAUGUUGAUGCUAGCAAUAUCCCAAGUAUCUCCUCCAAACUGCAAAAAAAAGAAGGGCUAAUCAUCGGUUUCAUAUGUGGGCUCAACAACAUAGGAAUGCUAUUCCUUCAAACAAAACUGAGUUGGACAUGUAUCUAGAAGAAGAUAUUUUCAAGCCUAGUGAUGAAGACUAUGACAAGUUUGAUGCUUUAAAUUGGUGGAAAGCCAACACUUUAAAAUUUCGCUAUCUAUCAAAAAUGGCUCGGGACAUACUAUCCAUUCCUAUUACUACUGUUGCUUCAGAGGCUGCAUUUAGUGCUGGAGGUAGAGUGCUUGAUCAAUAUCGUAGCUCUUUGAAGCCUGAGACUGUACAAGCUUUGAUUUGUACUGGAGAUUGGUUGCUUCAAGAGCUUGGAUUGGAGCAGUCAUCAAAUGUUGAUGAAGAGUUUACGCAAUGGAACACCGAGACUGGUCUAAACGAGAGUACUUGAGAACUUGAGAUUUAUUAUGUUUAUUGUGUUUCUUGAACUCUUUUGUAGAACUUGAUUUGUAUGGGAUGUUUUUUAGUUUGUUGAGGAUGAACGAUAUUUUGUCAUGUACUCAUGUUAGAUCUCCACCUUUAAUGGGGAAAGUGUUAUGGAUCCAUUUCCAAGCACUUCUUUGGUAGUGCACCCUCUUUUCCCUUUGGAUACUUACAGGUAGAGAAACAUGAGAAAGGUGGAUCAUUUUGAAAGCAAUGUCAAUUUCAUGAAAGCAGAACCAGGAUCAUGAAAGCAAUGUCAAUUUCAUCAUAUUGCAGAACCAGGAUCAUUUUGAUAUAUAACAGUAUCAUGUAAUUUUGAUCUUAGGAUGCCAUGAUGCUUGGUUUCCUAUCUUAUAUAUGCUAUUGACAUCAUAAGAGAACCAUGUAUUCGUAUAUGGAUGUGGGACAUCAAGGGACAGGUUCUUGAUGCAC